AUGAGCCAUCAAGUUCACCAACACAUAUCAUUUACCGAGCCGUCUGUAGCCGUGAGUUCCUGCGAAACCGAUUCCGAUUUGGAAACACUUCAGCCGUCUCACCCUCGACGACAUACGCUAAAGCGAGAAGUUUCAAAAUCCUUCUUGCAUACGUGCAGCUACCUCGGAAAGCGCCGGAAAAGGUCACAAUCAGUUCCAGAGAGGUCCAUCGACUGCCCUUACCUAGUACUGCCACCUGGAGGCUACGUGAUGUCAUCAUCAUCUUCCAAUGUCAGUAGCAACCACUCUGUCCUUACCACACCACUUCCCAGUCCUGCCAUUGACGACACGGAACACGGACUGGAACAUGGGCGGAGACAGUCGCAAGUUGCCGAGCUCCUCAACCGGCUCAACUUCAGACUCAAGCGGCUCUUCGGUAGCCGGAGAGGCUCGGUGGAAGAUGGAGACCCGUCAGUGGCCUCUUUUGACACACGACGCUCAAGCUUGUCUUCCAAUCUGCGUGGUCCUACAGACUCAGCAAACAUCGACUGCACUCCUGAAUAUCAGAUGUGGUAUGGGUCAUUUCAGCUCCCCAAUGAAACAUUGCAGGCACAAGGGAAUGCAGCCAUACAGACACACGUCAACAACCACCGAGAGUCUAACGCGGAUAUGGAUCUGGACCGAUUGGAUUGGUUUCGAGCAUAUGGCACGCAGGGCUCUGGUUGUGAGCCGCGGACACGCAAAGAUUCGUUCUUCAGUUUUGGCGGUUUCCUGAGAUCGCGACGGUCUAGCAAAGUGGACAAAGGGAAGGGGCGCAUGAAUAUGGACAACGAUACAGCCGUGGGGCCACCAGACGAAAUGGCGCUUCUAUCUAGUGGCAGUACGAGAUUAGGAGUGGAAACAAGCUGUCUUGCUGAGAUUGGUGUUCUUCCCCGCGUGUCAAUGGAGACGAUGUUGCCUCUUUCGCCAAAAGAAUCACAAGAUGUCCCACAGGCGGAAUUCUCCAGCUUGGAAUCUAGCACACCAUCAUUGCAUUGCUCGGGGUCUUCAACACCACCUAGUGAAGAGGCGCAGGAAAGACAGGUGUACAGAGCACAACGAGCCGGCUCUUGCAUCACUAUACCACUCUUGUUGGGCGAACAGGCAGGUGAUGCAAAAGCAGCCUGUGGGUCUCCAGCGUCGUCAGUCUGUAGUAUGGAUGAUCAACCGGUUCCCAUUAGACCUGCGACGCCGGUGCUGGUCCCCACCAUUGUGUCAUCACCAUCGCCACUGACCCCAAUUCAAAGUCUCAGUCUGGGCCCUCGGCAACACGAGAUGGAAUGGAACCGGUGUUCUUCGAGCAAAUGCAGGUCCCGUGUCUCGUUGUGCGAGAUGUUGAGUGAUGAAGCGCCUCGGGCGGUGUGCUGUUGCUCUUGUGUUCGGGGAGGAGGUAAUAGGGCAUCGGGUGGACUGGGUUUGAGGAAGAGCCUGGAUGAUAGGUGUUGGUGGGAUGACGAUGAUGGUGGCAAGGGUGGCGCCACGCGGAAGCUGCACAUGUAA